CUUCAGCUUUCCCACACUUCUUUCCUAAUUAUUGUCCUGCAGGACAGCUGAUCUAUUUCAAACAGGAAGCUGUUUACAGAUAACACUUGCAACUGUUUUGUCUGAUUUGUUGAACUGUCGAAAAGCAAAAGACAACCUCUUUUCAAAUUAAAAACUGUCAGACUUCUGUAAACAGCAGCAAUGAGGUUCAUCUGUGCAGUGUCCCUGCAGGCACAGUGUGUUCUGCAGUUCCCAUUUUCUCAGCAACCAUAAGGAGUCAGUGACCUGUAAGUGCUCAUUAUGAAGAGAGAUCUGGUUUUCUUGGGGACUCUAAUUAGCCUUGCCUUCCUGUCACUGCUAAGAUCUGGAUAUCCUCAACAUAUAGCAGAGGAGUCCUGCUCUGUUCAAAUUCUUGUUCCAGGCCUCAAAGGGGAGGCUGGAGAAAAGGGUGAAAAAGGUGCUCCAGGUCGUCCAGGCAGAGUUGGGCCUCCAGGAGAAAAAGGAGAAAUGGGGGACAAAGGACAGAAAGGCAGCAUGGGACGACAUGGAAAAAUUGGUCCCAUUGGUUCAAAAGGUGAAAAGGGAGAUAAUGGUGAUAUAGGACCACCGGGUCCUAAUGGCGACCCAGGCAUCCCUUGUGAGUGUAGCCAGCUAAGGAAGGCUAUUGGCGAAAUGGAUAUCCAAGUGGCCCAGCUGACAACAGAAUUAAAAUUCAUUAAAAAUGCACUGCCCUCCCCCGCAGCUGUUGCUGGUGUGCGUGAGACAGAUAAUAAGAUAUACCUGUUGGUGAAGGAGGAGAAGAGAUACUUGGAAGCCCAGCUCUACUGCCACGGACGAGGAGGAACGUUGAGCAUGCCCAAGGACGAGAACGCCAACAGCCUCAUCGCCUCCUACAUCAAUCAAGCAGGGCUCACUCGAGUUUUCAUCGGCAUUAACGACCUAGAGAAAGAGGGAAAUUUUGUCUACUCUGACCGAUCCCCCAUGCAGACCUUCAACAAAUGGCGCAGCGGGGAGCCCAAUAACGCUUACGACGAGGAGGACUGUGUGGAGAUGGUGGCGUCUGGAGGCUGGAACGACGUGGCAUGUCAUAUUACCAUGUAUUUCGUUUGCGAAUUUGACAAAGAAAACGUGUAAGCUUGUCUGCUUUUUCUUUAUUUUAAGAGAAGUUUUUUUAAGCAGAUUGUGUAAGUUACCCCAUGUUUAUAGAAUACAAGUGAUAUUUUACUAGUAUGUGACAUCCGUGUUGUACAGCUGUAAAUACAAUUUAGGUAUUUCAAAUAUCAAUAUUUACCCUUCAGAAGGGAAGAUCAAUGAUAAGUGAGACAUGGCUUGUUUUUCUUUAGGAAAAUAUAUGUAUUUAGAUAAAAAUGAGGCUUGGGACUAAAUUCUGCUCUCAUGACAGUUAACAGAUUUGAUUGCAUGACUGUGAGGGAAGGCAGAAUUUGGUCUUUAGUUGUUAGAAUGAUAUUUCUGAAGAAGUAGAUUCUUGAUAUUCUUUUAUCUUAGCAAAAUUUGUAGUUAUAAAUGUUAAUUGCUUGUAGUGCUACAGGGAUAAUUCUGUCACGAAGCAAAUAUUUUGUAUACUCCAGUUAAUCGGUACAAAUAUUACUGUAAGAUUUUUGGAUGUGAAGGUAUUGCAACUUUCUUUUUUUUUUUUUUUUUUUUUGAAACAUAGCCAAAGCAACUAGUAAUCAGGAGUACUACCAAUUUUGUACCAUUUUCUUAUUAAACUGUUCAUAGAUAACAUCACAAGGAGGCCGUGCAGUGAACUUUAGGGCUGGGGGAGGACUAGGUCCUAAUUCAGCUCUGAAGGAGGGAUAAAACCAGAUGGAUGCUCUGAGGUUUCGCUAACGGUAAAAGUAAGAUUUUUGUCUUCUGCAUUCUUUAGUUGAGAGUAAUUCAGUACAUGAAUUAUUUAAGGCCCCAGAUAAUUUCUUAAAGUAAAUGUUUCACAUUUGCAUAAGAUGAUCUUAGUGCAAAAAACAAAGCAACAAAUACCAAUCUUCCACAGUUUAAGUUUGUUCAUAAACGGACAAAAACAGUUUAGCCAAUAGCUCUUUUCAGCAGGAAAACAACUUCCACCUUUAGUCAGAUUUCAGUGCUGCCCCCCUAAAAAGCAGCAACAACUUUCACAUUUCUUUCUAGUUCAUGUAUAUAGCAGCAAUAAGUCAUUUUGCACAAAUAAUUUAUGUACUCAAUUUACAACUGCAUGUAAUUGAAAAUAUGAUAUAUAUUUAAAAAUAUCCAUAAUUUCACAAAGGAAAUGAUGGAUUACUUUGGAGCUCUCUAAGAGCUGGUUGCACAUCAUUUUAUCCUGAUGUUAGGCAUAGAAAAAUGACCACAAAAUCUCUGACUGACCGUGGUUUUCAAGAAUACUCUGCACAGUGUUUUAAGGUGAUCUUCAAGGAGGAACGAUCCUAUGUAUAAAACAGCAAUCAAAAUAUGUGUAUGAUCAGUAUGGAAGGUAUGUCGACAAUAUAUAAAGUGGAUCUGGCAUGUGCUUCCAGAUGUUACCCUUCAGCAAGGCAAGACCAUCUCAUAUCUUCUCUAUAAUGUCAUGGUAUAUGAAUAAUCAAUAAUCAUACCAUUUUGUUCAUAUCUACAGAGCCUGACAAUAUUUGACAUGACACUGUUGUUAUAUACUUAAGAAAGUAAACUAGUUUGCUUGAUACAGUUACUCUGUGAAUUUGAACCCUGUAUAUAUAUGUUUGUUAUUAAUUCUGAAGAUCAGAAGCACAUUCCUAUAAAUUUGAAUAUCAGCCCAGCACUAGAGCAACCACUAUAAGAGAUGGAUAAUCCAUAGAUCGCCUUACCUUUUUUCUUAUAAAAGUGUGUAUGAUUUCUGUAUGUAAGGCUUUCUUCAGAUUGUGUAUUGAUAUCUAUUAAAUAAUGUGGAUAUGGUUCUAUGCUAAUAUUCAAAGACUUUUUACAGAAUUUGCGGGGGCUAACCGUUCCAGUGCAGCAAUUCGUAUAUCAUGGUUGUUUCCUGCCUGCCUACCUGCUAUGGAAAUCCUCAGAAACCCUUUAAAUCUCCGAUAUGCUUUUGUCAAAUUAUUGUAGGUAUAUCAAAAUUGUCCAAACUUGAGUUUCAGAUGUCUGGAGCUCCCUCAUUAUGUGUGUGCCUAAGUUGUUAAAACUUGUUUAUUUUUCACCCAUUUUUGGAAGACUCUGAUAUGAUAGGUUGAUUUCCCCAGAAACAGGAAAAGAGACCUUUUCAGAUUUCUUUCAAGGAGGUGAGAAGCUUUUUUAGAUAUCAAAUGCUCCUAUUUCAGCUGUAUGGAAGUCAUACCACAUAUAUAACGAUUGCCUUGAUGUGUCCAGUUUUUAAGCAGUCUGAAUUUCUAUUAAGAUUUAUGGUGAAAAAUAAAGGCAGUGGAAAAAAACACGUCCUUCCCCCAGCUUUUAUGUUCUCCAGGAUAUGUUUUUGCAGCUGUUUAGGUACUUGGUUGCCAAGGUCCUUAUUUCAUCGUUUGGGCAGGGGGAACAAGGCCUGUGGGUAAUGCCUGUAGCUGUGCUGCAAGGAGCAAAGACUGCUCAUCUGACCCCAACCUCUGCAAGGGACUGGGCAAGAAACAUCAGAGGCAUCAGAAGCAAAUGAGCCCUUGACCAUUUCUUUCAUCCUCCAGUUGCUGACCAACGUAGGCAAACCCUUGCUGGAGGCAGAAAUCAGUAUUACAUGUAGGCUGGGCAAAGCCUGCUGAAGCGCGUGGUAAGAUUUCCGUCACUUCAGUGGAAUUUGGUUUUGCUGCUCUCUUGUGAAUAGGAGCAAAUGAGCCCUGGUCGCUUGUUUUAACAAAUGUGGGGAGCAAAGAGCUACCAUUUUCAGAGAAAAUCAAAUACUAAGUUUUGCUUUAUUCGGGGUAUUUUUGCAUAUGCAUCAAAGCUUGUAUCAUUGUAUCAUUAUUCAUUUUGUCUGCUUCUGUGGAAGACUUUUGAACAUUUCUGUCUGGUAAGUUCAUAUUGAGAGGUUUCCCAGACUAACGUUUUAUGUAUUACUUUUUGUGUAUAUGUGGAUGAUUCUUCCCAAUACAUACUUGCCUGUAAACCUUAUUUAUUUUAUUCUUAAUUAACGGGCAUGUUGGUGCAUUUUAAGAAUGCAAGAAUAACAGAUUUUUAUACAGCCGGGAAGAGCCCAGCUUCACCCUGGCUGUUAGUUUUGAGUUGUCUUAAGUCACAAAACAGGACUGUAGAAACUAGUCUUUAUACAUUGGAUAUAGAACAUUGUUAUCAAUAUAUCUAUUGAUAUAGAGCAUGUUAUUGAUAUAUACUCCGAAAAAAUGCAGUGGCUUCUUUUUACAUAAGCUCAGGUAAUACCAGUUCAAAUAUGCAUUAAAAAAAGCAGCUGGUUGGAUUUUUUUGGCUACAAAUUUUGAGGAAAAAUGAAACAAGAUGAUAAGAUGAAUUAAAACAAUUUUGUAGUUUAAAAAGUGAUGAAGGUUCACGAUCGGCAAAAAAUUCUGAAGAGAGCAUUUUCCAAGGUGUUUCCUUUUGGAAUGUUUCAGAAUUUCAUUUCUGAGUUCUGAAACUUCAUGUUGACCUAUAAAGGCUUUUGAUUUUUGUAUUAUUCUUAGUGUAUCUUACACCAUGUCAGUAAUAGCGUUCAAGAUGAUGCUUGAAUUUUUUACUGUAUUCUUUAUGUCUUUUUUUCCAGUUGAAACAAGUUAUCUUUCUGAGAGUUCUCGUUUGAGGCAAUGAAAGAGUUUGGCACUUGAAUUAGUUUCUCCUUUUGGGACUGCUAUGAUACCAUAAACAGCAGAUACUCUGAAUGCAAAGCAAUAAAAUGAUGAUAUUUUAAUCAACA